GGCAUCGAGACUCGUCCUGCUCCGCGGAAAGUCCGUCGCGCAACAAUGCGCAAUGUUUUAGUUCCGCACAUGCGGGCGCAGUGAAAUAUGCCUUGGUGCAAACAGGGAGCUACAGACAAGCUUGUCCGAGAGUUCUUACGCACUGGAACCGCUGCAAGGAACAAGAUGAUGAAAAACUGGGGUGUAAUUGGUGGAAUAGCUGCUGCCGUGGCUGCUGGAGUCUAUGUACUAUGGGGGCCAAUUUCAGACAGGAAGAAAAAGAGAAAAGGAAUGGUUCCUGGUCUGCUUAAUCUGGGGAACACAUGCUUUAUGAACUCACUACUCCAGGGCCUGGCAGCAUGUCCUUCCUUCGUCAGAUGGCUUGAGGACUUUACAAGUGAAAACAGCGUCCAUCCGGAGAGAACUGAGAGAGAGACUCAUCUGUCCAGAUCUCUGAUGCAGUUACUUAAAGCCCUGUCGAGUCACGAUCCUGGAGAAGAUGACGUUUUAGAUGCGGGAGGCCUUUUAGAAGCUCUCAGACUUUACAGAUGGCACAUCAGCUCCUUCGAGGAACAGGAUGCUCAUGAGCUCUUUCAUGUUCUCACAUCAUCAUUAGAGGAGGAACGAGAACGCAAACCUAGAGUCGCUCACCUGUUCGACAUGCAAACACUGGAGAAAUCUGUUGAGUCCAAAGAAAAAAACAUAAGCUGCAGAAUUGGAGGCCCACUACAUCCUAUUCAAAGUUUAUGGAGGACUCGGCACCCUUUUCAUGGACGGUUAACAAGUUAUAUGGCUUGUAAACGCUGUGAGCAGCAGAGUCCUGUGCACUAUGAUUCUUUCGACAGCUUGUCUCUUUCUAUCCCGUCAGUACAGUGGGGCCGACCAGUUACUUUGGACCAGUGUCUACAGCAUUUCAUCUCCUCUGAAACCAUCAAAGAGGUGGAGUGUGAAAACUGUACAAAGCAACAGGCUGGAGAGCUUGUAAAUGGAGUAGUCCUUGAGAGUCAGAGGACAACAUUUGUCAAGCAGCUGAAACUUGGAAAGUUGCCUCAGUGCCUCUGCAUCCAUUUGCAGAGACUGACUUGGUCUAAAGAGGGCACUCCCAUUAAGAGACAAGAGCAUGUUCAGUUUACAGAAUAUUUGUCUCUGGAUCGAUACAAACAUUGUACUGCUGGUCAGAACCUCCAGAGCACCAGCAGAAUAAAUAAGCCCAUAUCUGCCAAAGCUGCUGUAGACCCAAAAGACAAAACCAUUGCUAAUGGUGUUGAUUCAAAACACUGUAACAACAAUAAGCCACUGUUCAAUGGAGCCUUUCCCUCCGUCUUCCUACACUCACCAGGACUGAGCUCACAACUCAACCUCACUUAUGACUACAGCACCUCAGAGUACCUCUUCCGCUUGACGGCUGUCCUGGUUCACCACGGCGACAUGCACUCUGGACAUUUUGUCACUUACCGCCGCUGCCCUGCCACUCCCCAUGGAACGUCUCCUUUUAGCUCCCAGUGGCUCUGGGUGUCUGAUGAUUCGGUGAGGAAAGCCAGCCUUCAGGAGGCACUCUCCUCCAGCGCAUAUCUGCUCUUUUACGAACGAGUGCAAAGGCCCGGUCUGAGGGUAGAAGAGUAGCGUCUCAGCUGACCCGGGUUACUUAUUCUUAAUUCAAAUCUAGAGCGUUAACCCUUGCUUCUCUCCAUUAUAGGCCAUGCUACUAAGGCCAAGUGCAACCAUGCAUCCCUGUGUAUGCAUUUUAGCACACAUGAUGUUUCUAAACUCUCUUUGUGAGAAAGAGAGAGGGAAGACGAGGGUUCUGUAUAUCAUAGUUUCCACCUUAAUCUUGCUCAGUGUCUAUGGCGGUUGUUGUUUUAGAAAACUCCUAAGUCGUUAAUUGAGCAUAGGAAUGAUGACAGUCAUGAUUACUACCAGUUGCCACUGAUAUGGGGAUUGACACAGAGAUUUGAACUUGUUCUUUGCUCGGAAAACUCUACAUGUCACGAUAAUGUUUUGUUGCAAAUUGACCUAGAAUUGUUGCCUUGCUCAUUAAGCUAAUGAUCUGUUAGAAGAAAAUUGUAAAUGGUUUCUCAUGCAGUUUUUUAUCAUUAACAAUGUGUCUUUGUCAAUGAAUUAUCUAUUGUUAAUCAUAUAUUUAUGCAAUUUGCAUAUAAAGGUAUUUUGUAACACGUAACCACAGCACUAAGUUAUUUUUGUUUCACACUUUGACGUUAAUUAAAGGAGAACGCAAAAUCAUGGGAUGUAUCCUCAUCAGGUGUUGUGUGUCUACAUGUAGAUCAGGUUUCCUAUGAAUCCUGCUUAAUUUGUGUUUUGUUUUGUUGUAUGAUUGACAUAUCCCAGUCAAUUUAUCUUUGUGAAUACUUAGAAGGGAAACCUAGCAAGAAUAUGGGAAUGCAAUCCAUACUCCAGAUCCUGAGUAUUUACCAAAGAGAUUUUUUGCUGACAUAAAUAUUUCAGUGUACUUUCAUUACCAGUGUUAUUCUGUAAAUUCCUUGUUAUAUGUUGAUUGUACAUGAUGCUAUUUGCACAAUUGUAUAUUUUUAUGAUAUUAGUGUGUAUGAUUGUGUAGGCG